AUGAACUCGCAACGAGGGUUCAUUUCAAUGCCUCCCGUAGACCUAGGGAUGUACUUCCCCGGCGUCGGAGUCCUUCCUCGGUUAAAGCUGCGCCCGCAGAUUGCGCGAAAGGUACUCCUUGAGGGUCACCGCUUUACCGGCGAAGAGGCCUUACGGGAUGGCCUGGUCGAUUUCAUUGCCCAGCCAGAUGACAUGUUGGCGGUCGCUUUUGCGUUGGCAGCCAAGUGGGCGCCAAAGGCCAAAGCUGGGGCCGUGCAGCAGAUCAGCCAUGUUUAUGGUCGGUCUACGUUUCUUCCUGGAAAGACAAAGCUAUAA